AUGCUCUGGAAGUCUCUACGCCCUAUCGCCCUACUCACUCUCGUAUGCGUCACCUUCCUCGCGAAUCGGUCGCUUAUUCGCUCUAUCAAGAAAUCACUCGCUCAACGACCACGACCACUUUCCCGUUUCACAUUCGUCGAGGAAGACGUCCCCGAGCGCCUCCAUGUCGCCAACGCACGCCCGCACGUCCUGAUGCGCACCGAGGAGUCUGCGCACUACAACAUCACCUCCCCAAACGCCUACCUCGAGUGGCUCUACACCGCCACGCCCGCGGACCAGGGAAACGUCCACCUCGGAACCUCGCACCGCGUCUUCAACAUCAACAUGUUUCACCAGCUCCACUGCCUUCGCGCCAUGCGCACGGCGCUGGCCGAAGAAGACGAGCUGAGCGCGGCGAGCACGCACCACAUGGAGCACUGCCUCGCGAUAUUGAAGGACCACACGCUGUGCGCGGCGGACGCCAGUCUCGAGCCGGGAGAGCCGUUCAGCAGGAACUUUGCGACCGAGCGGGAGUGGGGCGAGAUGAGGUGCUUGGACGUCGAGGCGUACUAUGCGACGAUGCGGGCCCACUGGACGGAGUGGCUCACCGUAGUCCGGGCUUCAGACAUUGGCCCUGUGCCCUGGGCCGGUCCGGUACGUGACUAG